GCGCGCAAACGAGAGAGGUCACAUUCCUUCAGCCGAACACGGAAACCUGUCCGCGUAAAUCAUUCACUUUUUACAGGACGGCUGGACAGACAGUGGCGGCGAACCUCUGAAAACCUCUCUUUAUUUCUUUGGAGACAUUUUUUAAAACAUAUUUAUCUUUGUUGAUUUCCGUCAGUCGUCAGGAGAAACACCUGUCCACGCGCAGGUGUCGCAUCCGGAGGGGGGGACGAGCCGCGGAUUUCUUGGGAAAACAUGAACUCUCCGGACCGACAUGUGGACUGAGCUCAUUUUUGGUGGCCUUUUUGUUCUGCACUGCGCAGUCUGCUCCUCUCCUCCCAAACCUGUUAAUGUCAGCUUCUCAUCCGUUAACCUGAGGAAUGUGCUGCACUGGUCCCCGGGAAACGACACACCAGAUGGCACACACUUUUCAGUGGAAUACGUCAUCUACGGAGACACCACGGAGGUCGGCAAAGGAAAACGGGUGAGGGAAAACUGGCGAGCGGUGCAGCAGUGCACUAAUAUAGUACGGACUUGGUGCGAUCUGAGUGUUGAGACGUGGGCCGAGGAAGAAGGGUACUAUGCCAGAGUCCGUGCAACGGGAAGAAAAUCCUCUUCAAAAUGGGCCGUGACAAAAAACCGAUUCGAUCCAAAGUGGGACACUAUUAUUGGCCCUCCACUGCUUUCUGUGGAAAUGGAGGACAACAGCGCAAUCAUCACUCUGAAGGGGCCAAUGCGGUACUCGCCAAACAACGACACGCCACCCCUUAGCAUGAAAGCCAUCUACCCCCAAAUGUUUUACAACCUCUCCGUCUACAACACCCACCGCAAGCUGAUGCACCAUUUCCCCCUGGAGACCAGCCAGUACAAAUACCAGCUGUUGGACUACAAUACAGAAUACUGCUUCUUUGCCAAGUCAAAAUUCAUCUCCAUACCAGCACAAUGCAAGUCAUCCGCCUGGCACUGCAUAGUCACACCCCAAGACCCUGUGAUUGAGCAGCUGCAGCAGGUGGUUGUGGGGAUUGUUGUUCCAGCUCUUUGCAUCUGUAUAAUUGUGGUGGUCAGCUACCUUCUCUACAACUACCUUGCUGGGAAGGAACAGAGAAUGCCAUUUAGAUUGAAUCAACUCUCCUUUCACCCAAAUCCUCUUGUGUUCCUUCCUGAUAACACGAAACUUCAGGUAACCACAAUCAUUCCUGAUAAGCCACCUCCGCCCUGUGAGAACCCUUCAGUCCCUGCGCAACCCCGAUCCAUACCCAACCCACGUGAGCAUGAAGGACCCAUGGAUGACUCAUCAGUUGUCUAUGUAGGGGCUUUAAAAUGUGCAGGUGAUUGCAAUAAAAGAGAUGUUAACGAUGAUCACUCUGGGUACAAGCCCCAAGCCCAAAGAUUUGGGCAAUCACUUGUGCUGGAGCCUCCUCAGACAGAGAUUAGCACCUUGCAGACCCAACCACAGUCACAGAGAAACCUUGCCUUACAGUGGCCAGUGCAAUCUAAUCACAGAUCAGUCAGCCAUGAGCAAACUAAAGAGAAUGAUGCACAGUCUUCAGCUUUGCGUUUUGACAAAAGCCCCAAAACAGGCCAAUUCACUGUCCAUCUAAACCCACCAUUACUGAAAGAGGAAGCAAAGAGGGAAGAGCCGGAGGGAGGUGAGCAGAAACUAAAUCCGUGUGAGAACAUUCCCCUCCUUCCUCCUUAUGCCUCCCAGAACAUCCCAACUAUGCCUAGUGCCUCUUCACUACAGCCUAAUAACUUAUCAGACGACUACGGCGUUCUGGCUCAGCCUGCGGCGCAGAAAGCAGAGGCAGGUAACGUUAAGGGUGAGACGAUGGAGGGAGCUUGGUGUAGUAACUGGGACCCUGAGACCGUACCACUGGUGCAGCCCUGCACGAGGAUGGGCUUUAAUAAUGAAGAAAGGCCUUAUGGCCCGCAGCCUUUAGAGAAAGGAGCAGAGGACAAGAGAGCAGGGAAUUGCGACGAGUCGUACGUGACGAGAAGUCAGCUGAAGUUGGAAAGUGUAAUUCUCAGGCAGAACAGCGAGAUGGAGGCAGGGCCACAGGUAGAGGAGGAAGCCGGGUCUGAAGUAGAUGACCCUUUCAGCAAAUGGAACUUGAAGUUGUCUGAAUUGUUCUAAAAGACCAUCAGUUUUACUGUUUUACUUUGACCGUUAUGAAAUCCUGGGCCACACUUCAGGGGCUAGAACCCAGGGCCAUAAGCUCAUGAUGUCCCUUAAAUAUGUCCGUGCUUAAAUAUAGUAGACUUUUUUUAUUUCCAGACUUGGUGAAUUCCCAGAGAACCUCAAACUCAAAUUACGACGAGGUGUUUACAUUAAUUUGGUCCUUGCGUAAAUAAACGUUGUUGGUAGUUUAACUUUGCCACUCCAUUUCGUUUUGCUUGAACGAGGUGCGAUCAAGUGAUUGUGUUACGACGUCACAUGAAGCCAAGGCAGAGCUGCUCUGUCUCGGGUCCUUUUUAGCUAUGUCUAGAAACGAUGCCAUAUUUACGAGAAGGGUUUUAACGAAGUAUGAAAGACAAAGAUCAAUUUAGAAGCAAAAAUGUGCAGGUCGGAGGUUCAAAACAGGUUCUUCAAUUGCUGCUGCUUUUGGUUCUUGUUCGCCAUUACGUAAAUAACAAGCAAUGGCAAACGAAGCAAAGACUUGUGAGGAAACAUCUUUCGACUCUGAAGGGCAUUUUGUUCUGGCAUUGUUUUCAAAGAAACAGCGCCAUGACUUGGGCUUCGUAUCUGUAAGUGUGUACAGCACUGGAAGCAUGUAACUAUAAAAGCAAGAAUGUGUUAGGCCUUAACCAACAGGAAAAGCUGACUUUAUAUGUGCCAGUUAUUAUAGGACCAGUGUGAUAUAUGCUACACUUUUCCUGUACAUUGUUGUGUACAGAAAAGCUUAACCUGGUUAUUUAUGACUGUAUUUAUAUCUAUGUAUUUAUAGGUUUCAGAAGCAGAAUCACGUGUACGUUGUUUUGAUUAAUUUGCAGAGUUGAUUCCAGUUAAAGCAUGUUUAUCUCACUCACAUUUAAAUUGACUUUGAAUAAUUGGUGACGUUCAGGAGAAAGCAGGAGUUUUCUCUGAGAGUGUUCACUAUUUCUAGAUGAAUAUUAAGCACUUUAUAAAAUGUAACUUAUAUUUAAUCAUGAAGUUGUGUGCGACCCAUAUGUCCACUCUUUUUUUUUUUUUUUUUUUUCUCCCCAAAGUAUGUUCUUUUUGAUUUCCUUUCCUAACAGAGCGAUCAGGUUCUUGUUAUCAGUAUUAACCCCAAUGUCAUGCCUUGAUUUUCUUGUUUCGUCCAAAGCUUGUUUGAUUGUUUGGAAACAGGAUAUGCGUGCGAGGGGAAUUUUUCUUCGUCUCACUACAAGUUGACAGACUUCUUUACCUGUUCCUCAUUCCAUCACAGAAAGCAGGUUAAUUUAAGUAGUAUCGUUAGAUACAGUAUAGUAAAUGCUUUCACUUUUGAGCUUUAAUACCGAAGACGACCUAUGAAGAGCCAGUUUGAGCCAUAGAUUCAUGAAGGAAUUUUUUAUUUAACUACAUGACUGUUGUUUCUCAUGUUAUGCCUCUGUUUCUUUUCUUAAUAAGCCGUUUAAAAUCUUUGUGUUAUAGACAGAAAAUUUAACAGACUUUUCUUUGUCCUUCAAUGAAAAUGUGAUCUAAGGGAGGAUUCAAGUGGACUGCCUUUACUUUUAACUGUUUUAUGUCAAAGAAAGGAAAACUCUGAUUGAUUUAGUUUCUGUUGUCUGUUUUUACAGAGCUCAGGAUGAUAAAUUGUAUGCUUUGCGUGCAGUUAAACUCUCGGAAUGAAAUGAGUAGAGAGAAAUUAAAAUAAAUAAUCUGAAUGCAUUACAUGGCAACUUUUUUUCCUAGCCUGCCUCCAUAUUUGUAAAGAUAUAUUCAAACAUUUAAAUAAAUGUUUACACGUUAGCCCUGUAUUUUCUUACCUGGUGUUGGUUUUGACAAGUCUUGAAAGGAGAUUGGACAGAGACCCCUGCUGGUCAAAGUACACGCCCGCCAUGAUUGUGUAUGUGCAUGUAAAAAAAUACCAUCACUGUAAGUGUAUGUUAAAAAAAAUAAAUAAAAAUAAAGCCCUGCAGAUUUUA